UUGGUGCGCAAACAGCAUUUUAUUACCAAUCAGGACCAUAAUCGAAUUAUCCGUCCUCAAUACACAAACUUGUUUUCACACCUUUGAGUGUUUGUGCAUGUGUUAACAUGUUGCUAAACCCCAAAACCCAAAUCCAAAAUGUCCAUCCUGUACAGAAAGUCAGAGGUGUGCGCUUGUGUGUGUGUGUUUUACCCCUCCGGCGGAUAUGCAAAAAAGGAAAACUCCUUCUCUGACGUCAGAGGGGUAUAAAAAAGGCCAAAAGGGGAAAAUUCAACUGGAGCGCAAAACACGAGCCUGUACACACACACACACACACUCACACAAACUCUCACACACACACACUCACUCUGUGCUGCUUUGGAAAUUUUUAUUUCAGCAAAAAUGAGGAGCUCUAUCGGAGUCUGAUUUCGGAUCCGUAAACUUUCCCGACUUUAGGUAUUGCAUUUUUUACUCUCUCUUUUUACGCAUCGCAUAGGCACAUCUGUUCUCGCGCUUACAAAUCCUUUACUUGUUUUAUUUUACCGUUCAGUUCGUUAUUUCUUACUGUUAGAGUCUGCUGCGUGUUUUAGGCGCCCUUGGUUCCUUUCCGUCUUGUUUUUUUUUUUAAACCCCGGUGCGCUCUGCGUGAUGCCCGCUGGCAUGUUCAGCAUCGACAGUAUCCUGGCCGGCAGAGCUGGCAGAGCUGGCCGAAGUGCACGAGCAGGCUGUAAGGACUCUCUCCUGCUCAGUGGGGAUGAAGGGCCGCUCAUUUUCCCCGGUUUGACGGAUUCAUUGGCAGCCGCGGCUCCUGACUACAGCGGAGUGUAUUCAGCCCGGAUACCGGCUUACAGCUCCUACUGCUACGGCGCGAGCGCGGCACCGAGCUGUUGCCCCGGAUCCUUACCGAGCCAGUGUCCGUGCAUGCCAACAGUGUACGACAGCCCUGGCUCGGUGCUGAUGUCUCCGGUUCCUCCCCCUCACAUGAUGUCCUACAUGUCCAUGUCCCAUUUGGCCCCUCUGACCCCCCUGAGCUCGGUGUCGCGUGCAGAGCUGCAGCUCCUCAAUCAGCUGCACUGCAGGAGGAAGCGGCGGCACCGCACCAUCUUCACCGACGAACAGCUCGAAGCGCUCGAGGGCCUUUUUCAGGAGACGAAAUACCCAGAUGUGGGCACGAGGGAGCAGCUGGCCCGAAAAGUGCACCUGCGCGAGGAGAAGGUGGAGGUUUGGUUCAAAAACAGACGAGCAAAAUGGAGAAGACAGAAAAGAUCAUCCUCGGAGGAAUCAGAGAGCGCACAGAAAUGGAACAAAUCCGCCAAAAGCGCCACAGCAGAGAAAACAGAGGAGAGCAAAAGCGACGCGGACUCGGACAGCUGAUGAAAGAAAAGAAAAGAAAAGAAAAGAAAACACACACACACACACACACACACACACACACACACACACACACACACACACACACACACACACACACACAAACUUACAAUGUCUUAAUAUAAUCACCGAUCGGACUUGUAUAUAUGUAAAAAAAAAAAAAAUGUCGUGUGAAACUGAAGACGUAAUGUUAUGUUUUCAUGCUGUUGCACAGAUGUAUAGUAAAUGUGACAAUUUAGCAUUGAUUAUUGUUAUUUAUAUUAAUUUAAAUAUUUUUUUUAUACAACAGACUAUAAACUAUACCGUGGUCUGGUCAUAUGAAUAUUAAAUAUUACUAUCA